AUGCCCAACAGCACUGAUUUAUCAGCAAACACUACAGGAGGCUCUGAAGCUUUCCCCUCAGAGCUUCCUGAGUUUGGGGAGAUCCCUUCAGAGGCUCCCACAGAGGAUGACUGGUCACCAGCAGAGACUUUUUUAUACACUGGAGACCCGUCCACCAUGAGCAUGGCUCGUUGCUCUCGGGCCUAUAGCAUUAAGGGACAGACUGGAUCUCUGCCAAGUAACUUCCACAUUCCCCUUGGUCCAGCUCUGGAUGCCCUGGCUAAUACUGCCAACUUUCUCAAUAUGGUGUUCCAGGCCAGUGACCUUAGAGAGAGUACCGUGGAUGAAGACAUGGAGUGGUACCAUGCUCUAGUUCGCUCCCUUUUGGAGGCAGAUUUCCUUAUUCAGCGGGCUCUGCUCACCUUUGAUGCUGAUCCUACUGCCCAAGUGCCACAGCUGGUUCUUUGUGCAACUCGCAACCCAACUGGUAAACAGCAGGGCAUCCUCCUUCAGGACUUAUCCAAGGCCUGGGACAGCCUCCACCCUCCAGCUCCUGCCCCUGAUGACAGCUGGUUUAGAAAAUUGAAAUUUCCAGAGUUCGGCCAGCCAUCUGUAGCCCUGUCCAAGCGGGUGCUCCUCAAUGACCUCAGCACCUUAGAUACACCAAAGUGGGGACAGGGUGACAGCUAUGUGACUAACCGUGCUGGGGUACAGUAUGCCAGCUCUCCGUUUCUGGAUUGUAAGGAUGGAUAUUUCAAGCCUGGUUGGGUGCUCACCCUGUCGGCCUCCUUCUAUGGCCUCAAGCCAGACCUGACACCAGAAUUCAGAGGUGUUAUUCGUGUGGAUGUGAACAUUCAGGACAUCGACUUGGAUCAGUGUGCAACAGGUGACAGCUGGUUUGCUGAUACUCACCAGUGCAAUCGCACCAGCAUGGAGUGUGUGCCCGUUCCAGGCCGAGGCUUUCGACUGGGUCAGUACUGCUGCCGCUGUAAGGAGGGAUACUACAACCCAGAAAUCCCACCUGAGAAUCCUGAAAAUAAUGGCAGCGAAAGCAGCGCUACAUGUUACCCGAACAUGCCCAUCUGUCUCCCAUGCUGGCCAGGCUGUAAGCGCUGCCAGGACAGCACCCCCUGCUGGGUGCAAGAGGACAGGCUCCUCAGGGCCGCAGUGCUGGCCCUCCAGGGGGUCUUCAUGUUCCUCGUCUUUGUCAGCAUGCUGGUGUCCUAUCAGCAUCGUCAAAACCGGAGGAUCCGGGCCUCGAGUCUCCUGCUGCUGGAAACCAUUCUGUUCGGCUCUCUGCUCCUCUACUUCCCUGUCUUCAUUCUGUACUUCAAGCCGAGUACCUUCAGAUGUAUUCUGCUGCGCUGGGUCCGAAUGCUUGGCUUCUCCAUUGUCUAUGGCACAAUUACACUGAAAAUGUACAGGGUGCUGAAAGUGUUCCUCUCACGUACAGCCCAGAGAAUGCCCUACAUUUCCAGCCUCCACCUGCUGAGGAUCCUGGGAGUCAUGCUGAUGACGGUCAGCUGGUUCCUGUGUGCGUGGACCGUGGGUGUUCUCCAGAACCGAGACCGGAGCAUUCCGGUUUUUCUUACAGCCACCACGGCAGACGGUCAGGGCUUCAGCCUGUGUUACCUGGACCGCUGGGACUACAUGAUGGCUGUGGCUGAGCUUCUGUUCCUGUGCUGGGGAAGCUCCCUGUGGACAGCCGUCCGUCCCGUCCCCUCAGCCUUUCAUGAACCUCGCUAUAUGGGCAUCGCCAUCCACAACGAGCUUUUGCUGUCCUCCAUGUUCCACCUGUUUAGGUUCACCUUUCAGUCUCUCCAUCCAGACUGGAUGUUACUGCUGUCCUUCAUCCACACCCACGUCACCAUCACAGUCACACUCAUGCUGCUCCUUGUUCCAAAGUUUUUCUACAAAUCUAAAGCUAGAAAAGAGGAAAUAGCAGCAGAAGUGUAUGAAGAUGAACUGGAUCUUCGUCGUUCUGCCUCAUUCCUCAACAACAGCUUUUGUUCUGCUUUAAGUGAGCGCAGCAUGGAUCCAGAUGAUUUUCAGGUGUUGCAUGCCUGA